AUGGUCCUCCUCGCCAAACUAACCCUCCUCACCAUCCUGGCCCGGCUCUUCAUCCUGCGCCGCGGCCAAAUCCUCACCGUGUACCUAACCAUCAUCAUCACAACGCUCUACUACAUCAUCAUCUUCUUCAUCAAAAUCUUCAUCUGCAACCCCGUCUCCACAUUCUGGACCUCGCCCAACGACCCCCAUAACCCUAAUUGUCUAUCCGAAGGGGCGGUAUUUCUCGCUGACGCGAUCAUGAGCGUCAUCACGGACUUGGCUAUUUUGUUGUUGCCGAUUGGGUUGAUGUUUCCACUGCGAUUAGCUGUGGUGAAGAAGGUGAAGGUGGGGGCGAUGCUUGGGUGUGGCGGGUUAGCUGUUGGGUUUAGUAUUUAUCGGGUUGUGUUGGUGGUCGGGGAGGGGGAGGGCGGGUUGGGUGAUAGUCGGGUAUAUGCGAGGGUGUUGCUUUCUGGGAAUGCGGAGGGAGGAUUCGGGUUGAUUUGUAGUUGUAUACCGGCGCUGCAUAUCCUCCUCUCGAGGGUGAAGGGGAAGAUGAGGAAAGGGUCGACGAGUACGAGGAAGGGAUCUUCGUCGACUGCUUCUGGGGAUGGGAGUGGGGGGAAGAAGAGGGAUCAGGGGACUUCGAGUACUAGUGGGGGUACUGCUGCGCCUAUUGUCAUUACGAGUUCGCCGGAGGAUGUUCUUCAUGAUCCUGGGGGGUUGCUUGCUUCGCUUGAUGUUGAUGUGUAUGAUCAUGUGUAUGAUCAUGAUGAAGAGGAGGGACGGGUUGACUACUUAAGGCUUAAGGUUACUACUCAGUUAUUAGGAUCAUCAUACAUUCAUCCUAUCCCAACUCAUCAGUCAUCCCAGGUAUAUAACGCCUCUGGCAUCCGCCAGCAUACUAUCAAUCAAUAA